ACUCCGGCCAUGUUGUCACCAAUAGGCCCCUGCUUGCUGCGAUUCGCCAUAAGCAUGCACAUGCAGCUUCGGGCCGACUACGGAGACGGGAACAUUCUCUGUUCCCCGCUCAGCACCGGCACCGCCCUCUCGAUGACCAUGUUUGGCUCCGGCGGCAACACCUCGAAGCAACUCCUCUCCGCCCUCCACCUCAAACGCUGCGGCAACGGGUUGGACAAGCACUUCUCGACUCUCCUGGGUGAAGUGUCCAAGUACUCCCCAAACGUGCUGUUACUCACGGCCAACCGAAUGUACGUCGAUCGAACAUUCAAGAUACGCGAUACGUAUCGCUUGCUUCUGCAGAGUUUGUUCGAGUCUUCCAUCGAACUGGCGGACUUCACGGGCAACGCAGACGGGGUCAGGUCCGAGAUCAACUCUUGGGUCUCCAAACGAACCGAGUCCAAGGUGAGGCACCUGCUUCCCCACGGUAGCGUAGAAAACGGCACACAGUUGGUGCUCAUCAACGCGCUAUACUUUAAGGCCUUCUGGCAAAUGCCCUUCAAGGAGUCAAAUUUGAAGAAGCCAUUUUCCGUGAACUCCCAGAGGGUAGUGGACGUGGUCAUGAUGCACCGGCAUGGAAAGUUCAGGUUCGCCUACGCCGACGAUCUGUUGUCCGUCGCCGUGGAGCUGCCCUACAAGGGAGGACAGUGUUCGAUGGUCAUCUUCCUCCCGUACGAAGUGGAAGGCCUGCGGUCCGUCGAAGAACGCUUGUCGGAGGAUGCGCUUCACUCGGCGUUCUCGCAGCUCUCCCCGGGUUACGUGGCACUGACCGUGCCCAAGUUCAAGCUCGACCUUCGGCCGAAUAUCAAGCGCACCCUCCAAAGUCUCGGCGUCAGGGAUCUGUUCGAGCCGGGCGUCGCGAAUCUUUCCGGUAUGGUGGAGAGCGGCGAGCUCUGGCUGUCGGAUAUCUUCCACGAGGCGUUCCUUCGAGUGGACGAGGAAGGAACCGAGGGGGCCGCCGCCACGGCUGAUGUCGGUGUGGCCGGCGGUAGCUGGCACCCGCCUGAUCCGAGUGACGUCACGUACAUCGACGUGGAUCAUCCGUUCCUGUUUGUAGUGAAGGACAACGUCCAGGACGUCAUAUUGUUCAUGGGAUCGUUUGUAGAGCCGAGGGAAAAGUAUUAGCAUGGCACUACUUUC